GCGUGCGUUCGCCUGUUUGUCUGUUCGGUGGUGCACGUGUCGGGAGUUUUGUGUGCUGUGGGACGACGCGAAAGCGAAAGUUUUGUUAUUUUGUUUUUGGUUGUCUUCGGGAGUUCGUAAAACAGCGCCACAUCGGGAAGCAUGUCGCUACGAGCCCAUCAUCCUCGCGACGUCCGGUGGCAUCGGUCGGGCUUCCUCGUCCUGGCGUCCGUGCUGGUGGUGCUGCUGAGUGAAAGUGUGAUCCAGUGUGCCACACCGAAGGCGAUCGCUGGCAGCUCCCACGGUACCAAUUGCCCCAACUGUGUGGAAGAGUCCGCAGCACCAUCUCGGUGGACGAUGCCCUUACUGAAACUCGGCGAGAAGCGCUACUAUCUGAGCAUUUUCUUCAAGGCCAACUGGUUCAAAGCCCUCCAGUACUGUCGCUUCCACGGUAUGCAGCUGGCCAGCAUACAGUCCCAGGAGGAAAACGAUCGGCUGGAGAAAUACGUUAAGGAUUACGGACUAGCCACGGAACACUUCUGGACCUCCGGUACCGAUCUGGCCGAGGAGGGUAACUUCUUCUGGAUCUCCAACGGUCGGCCGCUGUCGUUCACAAACUGGAACGCCGGCGAACCGAACAACUUCCGGUACGAGAACGGCGAAGAAGAACACUGUCUGGAGCUGUGGAACCGCGAUGGCAAGGGACUCAAAUGGAACGACACACCGUGCAGCUUCGAGACGUACUUCAUCUGCGAAGUCUAGGGGGGUCGAAUGGGGUCUGUUUUCGUCUCUCGACCGGACCCGAGCACUCUGUCAUCUUCGCCCUUUCUCCUGCUGUCCUGCAUGCAUCGAAGUCCGAACGCCAAAACAAAGACAACCUACCUUCGGGUGUACGGAAAGCAAAAACAAGUGUUCAAACGUGCACCGGAAGUCCAACGCCAGCGUCGGUCCACCGUUAACGCGAUGCGCAUGUCGUCAGGUGAUUUGACUCUACUGCCACCAACGUCACCGCGGAGAUCGACUCUAACCUCUAUCGUGUAGUAUUUAUAUAGUUAAUACGCAAUCGACGCAAUCAUCAACGAUAACGGCCGUCUGGCGGGCGUGGAACGAAUAGUGAUCUAAGUUUAAAAACUCUGUCUCUUCGGUCCACCCGAACGGGAGGCGACCCCCUGUUCCGGUAGCAUCCUGUUCUGCUUUCGUUACCGUCCUCUUGGUUGGCGUAAUGCACCUCUUUUCCUCCUGCAUUCGUCUCGUUUGUGUUCGUUUUCAGUGUAAGUGUCUUUUAUUUGUAAAUAAGGUUUCGCAUUACUGGCCAGA